AAGCUGUGUCAGAGCAGCCAGAGGAAUAGAAACUGCACAAUGAAGAGCCACAUUGUCUUGUUAGGUCUGCUGCUCCUGAUCUUAGCCGUGGAGGAUUCAGUGGAAGACAGAUUCUUUAUUUCAGCCCCAAACGUGUUUCACUUGGGUGUUAGAGAGAAAGUGUUUGUCCAGGUGGGAGCGCAACACCUCAACAAACCUGUAACUCUCCACCUGGAGCAUGAGACUUCUGGCAUACUUAUGUCUACAAGGAAAACUGUUACAUGUACUCCAGAAAAUCGGAUCCAAACAGUAGAGCUCAUGAUAAAUAAGGAUAGUUGGUCAGAAAUCCCAGAAUGGAAGACUACACCGCCCUACCUGUUGCUGGUGACAAUGAUGGGCAAGGAUAGGUAUAACACAAGAGUCCUUGUUUCACCACACAGGGGGUACAUCUUCAUUCAGACAGAUCAGCCAAUCUACAAUCCAAUACAAACAGUGAGAUACAGGAUAUUUACUCUUGACCACAUGUUUAGGCCUCAAGUCUGCCCAUUCCACAUAUCCAUAUUUAAUGCUGACGGAAACAGAUUAAUGAAGUCCUUCAAAACUCCAUCGGCCGGGAUGCUCACAGACUCUUUUACCAUCCCUACUGUCUCCAAAAUGGGAAUGUGGAAGAUUACAGCACACUAUGAAGAUGAUGAAGAAAACGCUGCUGUUCGAGAGUUCAAAGUCGAAAAAUUUGUUUUACCAAGUUUUGAAGUGAAGAUUGCAGCGGAGCAGCGCUACGUUUUGUUGACUGACACGCAUUUGAACUUCACUGUCUCAGCAUUAUACUCACAUGGUGAAAAAGUUGAUGGGUCCUACCACUGCAAGUUUGGGGUCGUAAAAAGAGGUGGAACUGGUAGUCAAAAAAUGAACCCUGAAUUUAUCACGGGACUGGAGAUGGCUGGUUCGGUCAAGGAUGGAAGCACAAGGCUUUCUCUUCAGUUAGAAAUGUUUACUUUGAAACUGAAGGAACAACUAAAUCAAACCCUUGCUGAUUUGCUGGAACAUAAAUCACAGCUCUAUUUGGGAGUAUUUGUCACUAACAUCCAAAGCAGAGAAAUACAAGAGGGAGAAGUUCACCUUCCCAUCAUCUCACAGAAAUACAUUCUGGAUCUCUCUCGAACUCGCUCUCACUUUGUUCCUGGAUAUCCUGUAGACAUAGUGGUGGUCUUGCGUCUCCCAGAUGGCUCCUCAGCAGCUGGCGUGCAAAUAAACAUUGAAGUAGAAGGAGCCACUCGAGAAGCUUGGAAUGGCGUCACUGAUCCAGACGGGGGAGUUUUUUAUUCCUUCAAUAUCAACAGUGAAGACAAAAUUACAGUUGACGUGUCAGCAGAUGGUCUGCAAGAGAGGAAAAACCUCACUCGUUUUUCAUCUCCAAGUGGCAGCUUCCUUCACCUGACUUUUACCAACAAGGUGUACGAUGUAGGUGAUCUCUUCAGCUUUACUUUCAACACCAAAAAUGCCCCAAGUGACGGACAUAUAUACUACAUGGUCCUAAGUCGUGGGAUCACUAUAGAAACAGGCUCUUACGAAAUGGGUAUUUCAAUUAAAAGCAAUUCCCUUCCGAUCACGGCUAAAAUGGUUCCAUCUUUCCGUGUGAUUGGUUAUUACUACAGCGCGAGUGGUGACAUCAUUGCUGACUCAAUCUGGGUUGAUGUCAGGGAUGAAUGUGAGAUAAAAGUCAAGAUAGAUCACAGAGGAUCAGGUGUACCUGGAAGAACUACUGACUUACAAUUUGAUCUACAUGGUCAGGCAGCUAAAGUGGCUUUACUGGCUGUGGAUAAAGCCAUUUACUCUCUCAAUGUUGAUAAUAAACUCACAAAAAAACAGGUUUUUUCCGCCAUGAACUCUCAUGACCUCGGUUGCUCAUACGGUGGAGGAUCUGACUCGGCCUCAGCGCUACUGGAUGCUGGUCUGGCCUUCGUGUCUCAGUCCUCAUCAAAUUCGAAAAAAGGUUUUGGCUGUAAUUCACAAACUUCAAGAAAAAGACGCUCUGUAAUCGUUCAACAGGAAAUUGAGAAAUUAAAAUCAGAUUUUCCAGAUGCCGAACUACAAAACUGUUGUUCCCAAGCGGUUUCUCCCAUCCCUAUGAGACGAACGUGUCAGGAAAGAGCGGCCAGGGUCCAUCUAGUGAGAAACAAUCAAACGUGCACUGAUGCAUUUUUAAAAUGCUGCCUUGCAGCAGAGAAGCUGAAACACAAAAUAAAGUUAGAAGAAGCAAUGAGUGCAAUUGGCAGAACUGCAAACACAGAGGACAUUGAACAGUUCUUUUCGGACACCACUGAGCAGUAUAUUCGAAGAUAUUUCCCCCCAAGCUUUGCUUUUAGCAGUUUUGAUGUUAACAACAAAGGAAGCUAUUCUUUGCCCUUACCUGACUCCAUCACCACAUGGGAGAUACAAGUUGUCACUUUGUCUCCAGAAACCGGUUUCUGUGUGGUCAAACCGUAUGAGAUCAAAGCAUUUAAGAAGGCAUUUGUAUCUCUGAGGCUUCCUUACUCAGUGAAAAAAUUUGAGCAGGUUGCUCUCUCACCUGUUAUCUACAAUUAUGGGGAUGAAGUCCUAAAGGUGGCAGUGAACAUGGAACAAACUGAAGGGCUUUGUUCACCCGUUUCAGCCACCCCUGCGUCUUACGUUAAAAUUGAUGUGGCACCACAGUCCUCGAAAUCUGUCUUGUUCACUGCUGUUCCCAUGGUAUCGGGCUCAAUACCCAUCAAAAUACUUGUAUAUGACAUUGAGAGGGAGUGGGGAUUAGACGCAAUAGAAAAAAAAUUAGAAGUCAAGACAGAAGGAUUAGAACAAAGAGUGGAAGAAACCCAUCUCAUCAAUUUUGAGGGGCGAAGUGCAAGAAACUUCUCUCUCGAUGGAACUUUACCAGACAACACAGUCCCUGAAUCCAACUCCAAUGUGUUUGUUUCAGCUGAAGGGGUAGGAUUAGCUAGUUCAAAUGUGGAGACACUUCUCUCACCUGAGAGGCUCUCCGGGAUGAUCGUGCUUCCCACAGGCUGUUUAGAACAGACAAUCGGCGAACGACUGGCCCCUUUGGCUUUGGUCCUUCGUUAUCUUGACUUGAGUCAGCGGUGGUUUGACGUGUCUCCAUCAGACAAAGACGACGCUCUUGAUAAAAUUGAGAAAGGUCUCAUGCAUAUGAGAGACAGAAAAUUCAAGGAUGAAUCUAGUGGGGCUUAUGGAUCAUUUCGUUCAGUGCCAAGCAGCAAUUGGGUGACUGCCCUUGUAGUAAAAGUUCUGUCAUUGGUGGCAGAGCGUGAGAGGCCAAAUUUUGGAGAACGAGGUCGGAGUGGCGUGACUGUAGACUUAUCUGAGAUAAGGCACCCCGUCAGUUACUUGCUGUCUAUACAGAAUAUGGAUGGGUCAUUCAGUGAUCCACAUCCAGUUGUGAUGAACGGCAGGGAGCAAGCGGCAUCCAUGACUGCUUUCAUUACUCUUGCACUGAACCGGUCCCUCCCGUUCCUGACACCUGAAAGUCAAACUAAAGCGCAAAGCAGCAUUUCAGCAGCAACGAAAUAUCUCCAGUUACAACUUCCAGAGCUGCGCCACACCUACGCCGUGGCCAUCACGGCCUAUUGCCUCUCAACUUGUUUGCCAGGUGAAACAUCUGGAUGGACAAAACUUCAGUCAAUGGUGAAAGAAGAUAAGAAUGGCUGCUACAUGUGGGCCGAAGAUUCCAACGCGGAUCAUGCUAUCACGAUUGAGACGACAGCAUACGCACUCUUAGCUGCGCUGGAAGAAAAGAACAUAACGUGGGCAGAAAAAAUAGCCUGCUGGUUAACCAGCCAAGAAAAUUAUUUUAAAGGCUACAAAUCGACACAGGAUACCAUCAUGGCACUGGAAGCCUUGUCAGAGUACGAGCUAAAGAAGCGCCCCAGCCCUGAGACAAAUAUGAAAGCAGAGUUCACAGUCCCAGGAAAGCAAGACAUUGUCAGGCUGUCAAUGGCAAAUAAGAAGGAAAAAGUGGAGACCAGCCUGAGGAAAUUUGCAGGGAAGAAUAUUAGGGUGGAUCUGACAGGAGAAGGAGACGUCAAGAUUAAAUCUGUCAAGGCUUUCUAUUUGCUGGAGCCUAAGGAUGACUGUGACCAACUUUCUAUCAAAGUCACAGUGGAGGGAAAAGUGGAGUAUACAGAUAAGAUCAUAGAAAACUAUGACUACUAUGAGGAGUAUGAUACCGAACAAGACGUGGCACGAGUAUCACGAUCAGUGACGGAGCAGUUUGACGCUCACACGCGUGAAAAGAGGGACCUUGAAAACAAUCCAAGUUCAGAAGUUGUUAGUUAUAACAUCUGUGUCAGUAUCAAAGCAGGUGCCCAACUCACGGGAAUGACGAUUGUUGAUAUAACAUUGCUCAGCGGAUUUGAGGCUGAAAUUGCAGACUUGGAUAUGCUAAAGCAGCCAGCUGAACAAUACAUCACCCAUUAUGAGGCCAACUCCGAAAGGGUGAUAAUCUACUUAAAUAAGCUCUUUGGAAAUGAGGAAUGUUUUAGUUUUCGUGCUAAACAAAACGUGCAAGUUGGCCUUCUGCAGCCUGCUCCAGCUGUCUUCUAUGAUUAUUAUGAACCAACAAGAAGGUGCACAGUAUUCUACUCUGCACCGAAAAGAAGCAAAAUGAUCUCCAAACUCUGUUCAGAGGAUGUUUGUCAGUGUGCGGAAAGACCCUGCCAUGAACUAAAAGAUACUUUUACAAAGGACAGGGUUAAAAGAAUCAAAAAGAAUGACCGUGCAGAGCAUGCUUGCUUCUCCCCGGGGGUGGAUUAUGCAUACUUUGUUACUGUCGACAGUAUUUCUGUGAAGAGCAAUUUUGAGCUGUACAAAAGUAAUGUAACUGAGGUUCUCAAAACUCAUGGAGAUGCGCAUGUUGGUGAGAACUCUGUUCGAGUGUUUGCCAAGAGAUUUCAUUGUAAGGGGAAACUGGAGGAGGGAAAACAAUAUUUAAUCAUGGGAAAAGAUGGCUCCACUAAAGACUCCAGCGGAGAGAUACAGUAUCUGUUGGAGUCAAACACCUGGAUUGAAAAAAAACCUACAGCUGAAGACUGUAGAAAAUCUGCCAAUAGAGUUUCUUGUGGUUACUUUUAUUCAUUUGUUGAUGGGUACAAGUAUAGUGGCUGCAAAACAUGAAACAACUUCAAAAAUCUGCUUGGAUAAUGUUUGCUGACACUCAGGCAAGAAGUCUUAAAAAAUGUAGUUGGCCGUCUAUAGCUGUUUGGAACUGUUAACCUUUUUUAUAUGAGAACAAUAUACCAUUGUAAUCCUCCAUACAAAAUAAGCAUGAUCAAUCAGACAAAUGUGAGAGUGAUUCAGAAGUUCAUCAUCACAAGCUGUUACAAGGAAGCUUUAAUGCUUCUGUCUGUCACUUCAUAUUCAAUACAGUCACCAGCGUUAAAAUAAAAAUAAACUGCAUAAUGCUGCAAGCA